AUGGCGGACUACUUUGCCGGUCUUUGCCAGGAUCUGCCACGUUGGUCCCUUGAAGAUCGUGGUGUGGCUCUUCAGCCUUACCAGUUCAUCGUAGAAUCACCCCGACAAACCUUCAAUGUAGAACCUGCCAAGCCUGUCUUAGGGCAUCGAGCUACGGGCAAGAAAACAUCUUCACAGAUUUGCUUUUACAAGAAAUCUCUUCAAUCUUUUGUCAACAAUAAGAAUCAACCAAAAAGGCAGAAAGAAAAUGUGAAAAUUGGCAUGCUUCAUGCUAUAAAAUCAGUACCUCCUUUUCCCCAACGCACCCUCUGUGCGCAUUCUGACUGUCAAUUUUUUGAACAAGUCGGACAAAUGGCUUCAGCUGAAAGUGGCCAGAAUGAUACGCUGCCCACAGAGCGGCGUAUUCUUUGCCUAAAUCAAGUGAAAGCCACUACCAAGUCUGACUCUCGCAGGCGACAUUUCCGGACAAAUAUGGUUCCGGUAGUAUCCCUGCCAGAGGAAUCAUUGGAUCAAAGGAUUCUAGGAGAAUUAGUUAAAAGAGUAUAUAACUUGCGCAAGCUGAAUGAGUUACCCUGGCAUCUGGCCUGGUCAGGCCGGCUCUACGAAUUUCAUUCGGAAAUUACCUUCAACUACACUUUUCUUGCAUCUAGACUGCAGGCCACUUCAUGGUAA